UCUCUGAAAAAACCAAGACAACAAUGUUCAAUUACUCAAUCCAAUCCAAUUGAAACACCACCACUAUCACUAUGCCUCCCAAUUCUCAGCGCCACACUCGCUCCCGCUCUCACUCUCAGUCCCACGCGCCGCCGCAGCACGUCUCGAUCGACCCCAAAAUCUGGCGUGCCUGCGCCGGCAACUCCGUCACCAUCCCCACUCUCCAUUCUAGGGUUUACUACUUCCCCCAGGGCCACCUCGAACACUCCACCUCCUCCAACGCUUCUCCGCCGCUGCUUCUCUCCCCUCUCCUCCUCUCCAAGCCCCGCAUUCUCUGCCGCAUCGCCGCCGUCGACUUCCUCGCCGAUCCAGUCACCGACGAGGUCUUCGCCAAGCUCCUCCUCCACCCCGUCCACUCCGGCCUCUCCUCUCACCACCGCGAACUCGCCGCCGCCGCCGCCGCCGCCGAGGAGGAAGUGGAGAACGAAAACGACGCUGAAGAUAGGGUGCUGUCGUUCGCUAAGAUCUUGACUCCUUCUGACGCUAACAAUGGCGGCGGUUUCUCCGUCCCUAGGUUCUGCGCCGACUCGAUUUUCCCGCCGCUCAACUACCAGGCGGAGCCGCCGGUCCAGACGCUCUCCGUCACCGACCUCCACGGCGUCGUUUGGGACUUCCGCCACAUCUACCGCGGCACUCCCCGGCGGCACUUACUCACCACCGGCUGGAGCAAGUUCGUCAACCACAAGGUGCUCGUCGCCGGCGACUCCGUCGUGUUCAUGAGGAGCUCCAGAGGCGGGGAUAUGCACGUCGGGGUGCGCCGCACCGUGAGGGCCAGCCCCGGCGGCGAUUGCAGCAGGUGGAGCUCCCACAUUGCCCUGAAACCGGAGGAGGAAGGCUCUGCAAGUAGUGGUGAUGGUUAUAAGGCGAAGCUUAAGGCGGAGGCUGUGGUGGAGGCUGCCGAGAUGGCGGCGCAGGAUAGGCCGUUUGAGGUGGUGUAUUAUCCGAAAGCCGGGUGGGCCGAGUUUGUGGUGAAGGCUGAGGUGGUGGAGAAGGCAUUGAAUGUGUGUUGGAUGGCUGGGAUGAGAGUCAAGAUGGCCAUGGAGACUGAUGACUCCUCCAGGAUGACUUGGUUUCAGGGCACUCUGUCGUCGAGGUUUGUCCCGGAGAAUGGGCCGUGGAAGGGAUCUCCAUGGCGCGCGCUUCAGGUUACAUGGGAUGAACCUGAAGGUCUGCAGAAUGCCAAGAGGGUGAGCCCAUGGCAAGUUGACUUUGUUGCAUCAACUCCUUCUCUGCAUACUGCACCUUCACUUCAUACUGUAUAUCCCCCCACAAAGAGAUUCAGAGCUCCACUGAAUCCUGGGCUGAUGAGGAAUGGAGAUGAAGAAUUCAUCAUACCUAUGACAGGAGCAGCUAAUUCAACAAUGGGGCAUUUCAAUGCUUCCUUGUUGAACUAUAACAUUUUUCCUGCUGGCAUGCAGGGAGCCAGGCAAGAUCUAUUCUGUGUACCCAGUGUAUCUCAUUUAAAUUUGUUAAAUGACAAUACUGCUCGGAUGUGCACCUAUAAUUCCUUUGGCAACAACAACAUGGUGCCAAGGUUGGAAAAGGUGUCUACUGAGUUGAACAUUGGAAGUCCACAGUCUGAUCAAUUAUCACCAGAUAGCCAGAGGAGUAGUCCACAUUCCUCAGGUGUGGAACUUGAUGGGAACCAAAACUGCAACUCAACAAAGGUCGGAAAAAGUUCUUUUCAACUCUUUGGUCAGACCAUUCCCAUUAACGGUACUGAUGGCACUGGGGAUGGUGGAACUAUAGGGUGCAAUGAAACUGAACUUCUGAACUGUCAACUGGAACUUUCUUAUACCAAAUUGCUUGAAAAAAUUGAUGUUCGGGUCUCAGCUGUUGAAGCUUGUACUUUGUAAACUACUUCAGCAGCUACAUCAUGCGGUUAAAGUUAUUGUCAGUGUCUGUUUGCAGGCUCUCAAGUCUGCCAAGAAGCUGAUUAGGAGUAUUGAUCGCUGCAGUAGAGUUAUGUGUACUCUGGUUUGUCUAGUUUGUGGCUUUAGACAUUGAAACGAUCAAUCUGUAGACUUGGUUGUUGGGUUUGGAAAUUGAGUAUUAGAUGCUAAUGCUUGAAGAUGCUAUAUUAUUGUUCUUCAGGUUUACCUGUAAUUUAAAUCUUAUGUGUUUGUUGGAUCCUAUGUAAUUGUGUUGAUUUGCUACUA